AUGCAAUACAAGAACAGCGGGUACCAGAACAGCUUCAUACAGGAAAAUGCAAUACAAGAACAGCGGAUACCAGAACAGCUUCAUAUAGGAACAUGCAAUACAAGAACAGCGGGUACCAGAACAGCUUCAUACAGGAACAUGCAAUACAACUGCGAACAUGGAACCUACGGCCAGGAUUGUGACUUGAAAUGCAGCGUCAAAUGUGAGAAUCAGACCUGUCACAGCAUCACAGGCAGGUGUUUGAGUUGUCCCCCUGGAUGGCGGGGAGACUACUGUGAGCAGGAAUGCGAAAAAGGAACCUACGGCCAGGAAUGUGCCUUCAACUGCAGCGUCAAAUGUGAGAAUCAGACCUGUGACAGCAUCACAGGCCGGUGUUUAUGUUGUCCGCCUGGAUGGCGGGGAGACUGCUGUGAGCAGGACUGCGAACAUGGAACCUACGGCCAGGAAUGUGCCUUCAACUGCAGCGUCAAAUGUGAGAAUCAGACCUGUGACAGCAUCACAGGCCGGUGUUUGAGUUGUCCCCCUGGAUGGCGGGGAGACUACUGUGAGCAGGACUGCGAACAUGGAACCUACGGCCAGGAAUGUGCCUUCAACUGCAGCGUCAAAUGUGAUAAUCAGACCUGUGACAGCAUCACAGGCCGGUGUUUGAGAUGUCCCCCUGGAUGGCGGGGAGACUACUGUGAGCAGGAGUGUAUCGACACAAUUUUCGGGCCCAACUGCAAACAACAAUGCGACCCUGAUUGUGUGCCCGAGUCUACUGAGAUCAAACGCCUGUGUGACGCCAUCUGCGGAGAUAGUGUUUUAAGAAGCAAGAUUCUAGCUGACCCAAAUGCCGAGGACAAAAAGUAUCAACCUCUUUUACAAGUGCAUUCCCCCGGAGAAGAGGGCUAUAUCAAUGCUGUCACAUUACCUAGCCUGUACACCCAGACCAAACAGUUUUUGACCCAGCUGCCCAUGCCCACUACGGUCAAUGAUUUCUGGAGACUGGUCACACAGUAUAACGUCUCCUUGAUUGUUGCUUUUAAAUCAUAUGAAAAGGACAAGUCCUUAGCUAUCUACUUACCUGAAGAACAAGGCCAGCCGUUACAAUGUGGGAACAUAGCUGUCAAUGUCGAGUCAGUAACAACAGCACCAACAUGGACAGAAAUGAAGCUUACCGUUAAGGGGAAACAAACGCAAGAAGUGACUCAUCUCACGUUUACAGAGCGUCAUAUCGAACCCAAAAAUCUCCUACCGUUUGUUCAAUACGCGCGAUCGUUGAGAACUCCGGAUAAGUCAGUAGUUUACACGUGCAGGCAAGUGUGUUGGUGA